AUGUCAGAACCAGGAAGCAGCCGCAAGAGGCCUCGAACGAAUGACGACGCGCCUGUCUCCGACAACUCCAUCCAAAUUAUUGGCCAUACAACGCGAAACCAGAAACUCUGGUUCCAAGAUGGCAAUGUCGUGCUACAGGUAGAAGGCGUUCAAUUUCGCGUUCAUCGCGGGAUACUCGAACGCCAUUCCAAUGUUCUGCACGGGAUGUUCUUUGUGCCGCAGCCUGAGCCUGUUGCGGCCGCGCAGGAGACGACGAUUGAAGGCUGCCCUGUCGUGACUCUUUGGGAUUCUUCAAGGGAUUGGGAAGAGCUUCUUCAGUACAUCUAUGAUGGAUUCCUGAAACGCCGGACGCACCUCACAUUCCCGUUGAUUCGCGCUAUGAUUGUCCUUGGACACAAAUACGAAUUCGACACGCUGAAAGAGGAGGGGUUGACGUACCUGUCGCAGGUCUACCCGCCAUCAUACACCGCCUUGAACUCCACGGAACGCAAAGACAAACUGAAGCUUUUCUAUACCGACGACACCACCUUCAUUGACGCCGUCAACCUCGCACUUGAACAUAAUCACAAGAGGUUCCUACCCGCCCUGUUUCUUGCGGUGCUCACCCACACUCAGUAUCCGGAAAUCCUUACGAAUGGCCUCGCGGACAAAACGGGUCGUAUCGUGAAGAUACCGGCGGAAACGGCAGUCAAGUUGGCCAUCGGACACGAGAAGCUGUAUGAAGGGAUGCUCAAACAUCCGUAUGGGCACCUCACUGGGAAGACAACCUCGCCCAGAGGUUGCUUCAGGGCUUUGGGCCCGCAGAGUACCGACAGCAGCAGUAGCAGUAGCAGCGACUCGGACUCAGACUCGACGGAUAGCGACUCGUCCGAUAGCAGCGACAGCAGCAGCAGUAGUACCGACUCGUCCAGCUCUGAUUCGGACUCGUCCAGCAGCGAAGGCAACAGCGGUGAUGACUUUGGACAAGCCCUCGACCAAGCCAUGGACCAAGCUAUCGCGCAACGCGUCGAACAAUCCAUCCGGGCCAGGUUAAGGAUAUCGCCUUGCGAGUCGGUCAGAUUGGAGAUGCUCAAGGAUCUGGUUGCGCCACCUGUUACUGUCUCGAAGGUGUUUAGCUCGUCGAUUGCCAGAGGACGCCAUGCGAAACUUUGUUCGAAUUGCUUGGAGUAUGGGGCUGCUCGGGUUAGGGAGGGCCAGCGUAAACUCUGGGAGGAGCUGCCUACGUAUUUUGGACUGCCGCCUUGGAAGCAGUUGGAGCAGGAGCAGGAGCAGGCGUAG